GAACCGAACCGAACCGGGCCGGGCCGGGCCGGGCCGAGCAGAGGCCGCGGCGGCCGCGGAGGGGGCAGGGAAGGAACGGUGGGAGCGCGGAACAGCCGUCGGCGGGAGGAGAGCGCGGCGGCCGGAAGAGCCGGCGGGAGCGGGCCCGGGCCGCGAUGGAACGGAAGAGUGCUUUUCCUUUGGGCCAAGCUUCCCCAGGAAGAGACAGGACUCUGAGUCACUUCAGCCCAAGUGGUAAGAAGUUCCGGAGCAAGCCGCAGCUGGCACGUUACCUGGGCAGCUCCAUGGACCUGGGCACCUUUGAUUUCCGCACAGGAAAAAUGCUGAUGAAUAAAAUGAACAAGAACAGGCAGAGGAUGCGCUAUGACUGUUCCAACCAAGCCAAAGGCAAGCCUGAUCUGAACACAGCCCUGCCUGUCAGACAGACCGCCUCCAUCUUCAAACAGCCUGUCACAAAGAUCACAAACCAUCCCAGCAACAAGGUGAAGAGUGAUCCUCAGAAAGCUGUGGACCAGCCCCGGCAGCUCUUCUGGGAGAAGAAAUUAAGUGGACUGAACGCUUUUGACAUUGCAGAGGAGCUGGUGAAAACAAUGGACCUGCCAAAAGGUUUACAAGGGGUUGGACCUGGAUGCACUGAUGAAACCCUCCUCUCUGCCAUAGCUAGUGCUCUGCACACCAGCACUAUGCCCAUCACUGGACAGCUGUCUGCAGCUGUAGAGAAGAAUCCUGGAGUCUGGCUAAACACCUCACAGCCCCUUUGCAAAGCAUUUAUGGUGACAGAUGAAGAUAUUAGGAAACAAGAGGAACUGGUGCAGCAAGUGCGAAAGAGGCUGGAGGAAGCUCUGAUGGCUGACAUGCUUGCCCAUGUAGAAGAAAUAGCAAGAGAUGGGGAAGCUCCUUCUGAGAAAGAAGGAGGAGAGGAAGAAGGAGAAGAGGAAGAGGAGGAGGAGGAGCAGGACCAUGACCAGGAGAUGGAGAAUGUAUAGUCCAGGGAGUUCCAUGCAAGAAUUCCCACUAUAAACCCUAUCAGCAGGGUCAGCACAACUAUUUACAAAGCCAAGAGUGUCUGACGAGUACAUUGCACCACCAACCCAACUGUACCAAGGAGCAUUUUGAUGUCCACAUCAGGAGACGUUGAGAAGCUGAUGGCUCAGUAAUUGCUGGGUAGUUUUGAAGAUGGAACUUGACUAAACUCUACUCCCCCUCCUUUUUCUAAAGGGGUAGGGUAAUCAGGACUGCAAAAGUGGGAGGGAAUAAGGGAGUAUAAAAUGGUGGGAGGUCAAAUACUAGGAACCAAAUUUCAUGUCUUUUUUUUUUAAUAUUUUAAUUUUUUUGGUGGGUCAGGCAGUGAGAGGUGAUAAAUUUUUAAGCUUUUCUAUCCAAGUACCUUUAGCAAAGACCCACAGAAACCAUUUUCUCUCUAACACAAGUGAGAGGAGAUGCUGUUUCACUCCUUGGCUACUCUGCUGUAGGCUACCUGUUUGUAACUGACUUUAGGGAGGUCAUUUUGUGUUGUGGAUUGUCAUUCCAUGUGUCAAUUCAGGUCAUUGAACUUCCUUUUUCUCGCAGGACCAUAUUGGUCUUGGAAGUGUAGUCUUGGAGGUGACUUUCCAGUGUCUCUUCCAGCCAAGGUUUUUUUAGUUAGGGAAGAUACACUUGAGGAAUUGGUCUGACAUCAAUGGCAGUUGUUUUUGUAGUUGGCUCCAGCAUCACACUCAAUGCACUCCUGUGCCUGUUUUUGAUAGAGUUGUGUGUACAUCCAGGCAUAGCUGGAUAGAGUUUGGGAGAUGAAUAUACCCACUCUGAGGUGUGUUUUGCUUUGGUUUAAGUCCAGUCAGAAGGAACUUCUCAACUUGGAAUGGGAGAAUGACUCAUUUCUGACUGACAGUGAGGAAAACUUCCUCCUUUCUUUCCUGGUGCCAAGAACCCCGACCUCCGUUCCUGUGUGUGCAGAGGGAAGGGGAUCCAUUUCAAUAGGUGUGUCUACACAUCUGCUUUCGUGUGCAGUAAUGUUCUGACCUCUUUUAAAACAAGAAAGGAAAAAGGUUGAUUUUUCUAUAAUUGAUAUCUGAAAACGAAUUUAAAGCUUUUUAUUAAGUAUUAAAUCUUUCUUAUUUGCAUGUGCA